GCAAACCUUUGGCUCAGUCAUCUUUUGGGGAUACGUAGUAGUCUGCUAAUCUCUGGCGUCCAGUUGGUGGAAAUCCCCACGUGGUUUGUACUCUUGUAUAAAAACUUUGGGUGCGCUGUGUCCCUGUGUCGUGAUCCCAGGCCAGAGGAGGAUAGACGCCAAGGCAAGAGCAUCUGUGAGGACGCGCGGAUCUGUCCACUCACCGACACAGAGGACAGACUACCGAGAGAGACACCAAGAGAGUCUGCAUAGCGCACUUAAUGAUUGAACUUCAAGACGGACUCAUUUGGUCUCCCAAGUUGUUGCGCUGAGACCGAUUUUUUGAAUGGGAAGGGUGCACUUUUAACUUUUUUGCGCAUUUUGGACACCGGCAUUCAAAGCAUCGCAGACCGUUUGGAUGAGCCUUAAUCUUCAUCUUCUUCUUUGAUUGUUUUGAUAAAGUGCAAAAAGAACGCGUUGACAAUCCCAGCUGACCUGACGGCAACAGUUUGGAGACUAUCCGUGCUGAAAUCAAAGCGCUGGUCAACUGGAUGACUGUCCCUGAGGCCAACGAAGCAUGGCUGCAGAAUUAGACUCACUAUGACUCGGAUUAUCAAGCCAGCGUUUAUGUGAUCAAUCUGGGAAUACACGCCCUCACUGUUGGAUUUAAAUUGACAUUUUAUAGAGUUUUGAAAUUGACAUAUUAUAGAGUGAUCACUCGCGUUAGGCUUCAGCUCUGCGCGUCAUCCUUGUUUGUUAUAUCUUUCAGAGACGUUUUGCCCAAUUAAAAAAAAAAUGUGCAAGUCCACGCAAACACUCUCAUGUUUAUUGGCCUGCAUCCUCUAUACCCUGUGCUCUGUGCUGGCCGACGGCACGGAGACGCAGACCCAGGCGUCCCAGGAGGGGUGUGCGUCGUGCGGCUUUAGAGCGCCCGACCAGUCGGAGCGAGUGGAUGUGGACUUUCUGGAGGCGGUGAAGAGGCACAUCCUGAACCGACUGCAGAUGCGGGAGAGACCCAACAUCACCCACCCUAUACCCAAAGCAUCCAUGGUGACCGCCCUGAGGAGACUCCAUGCUGGGAAAGUACGCGCGGACGGCCGGGUUGAGAUUCCAAACUUUGACGGCCAGGCGGCCUACAAUAACGAGAUACAAGAGGAGAGUUCGGAGAUUAUUAGUUUUGCUGAAUCAGAUGAGCCGGCCUCCUCCAAGUCCAGCCUCUUCUUCCAAAUCUCCAACGAGGGCAACCAGAACCUCUACGUGUCCCAGGCCAACCUCUGGCUCUACUUCCGUGUACUGCCGGCGGGGCCCGACCGAGGCCCCCGGAGGAAGGUGACCGUCAAGCUCCACUACCAGGAGGCCGGGUCCAGCAGCAGCAGCAUCCCGGGGGUCGGGGUUCCUGAUGGUGGUGGUGGAGGCGGUGGUGGUACCGGACGCUGGGUGCUGGUGGAGAAGCGCGUGGACCUCAAGCGCAGCGGCUGGCACACCUUCCCGCUGUCGGACGCGGUGCGGGCAGUGUUCAGCAAGGGCGGCCGGCGGCAGGACCUGGAGGUGCGCUGCGACGGCUGCGAGACGGCGGGCGUGUUGCCGGUGCUGGUGGACGCAGCGGACCCCUCCCACCGGCCAUUCUUGGUGGUGCGCGCCCGGCAGGGGGAGGGCAAGCACCGCAUCCGCAAGCGGGGGCUGGAGUGUGACGGCAGCAGCGGCGGCCUGUGCUGCCGCCAGCAGUUCUACAUCGACUUCCGCCUCAUCGGCUGGAACGACUGGAUCAUCGCGCCCGCCGGCUACUACGGCAACUACUGCGAGGGCAGCUGCCCGGCGUACAUGGCGGGCGUGCCGGGGUCGGCGUCGUCCUUCCACACGGCGGUGGUGAACCAGUACCGCAUGCGGGGCAUGAGCCCGGGCUCUGUCAGCUCCUGCUGCAUCCCCACCAAGCUCAGCACUAUGUCCAUGCUGUACUUUGACGACGAGUACAACAUCGUCAAGCGGGAUGUGCCGAACAUGAUCGUGGAGGAGUGCGGAUGCGCCUGAGGCAGUGGUUCCCCCCCCCCCCCCACACACCUCACCCCUCUGCCAGAGAUCGUCCCCCUCUUUCCUCCCACUUUGAACUCGAAAAAUAAAAACUGUGGAGAGGAAAAGAAAAAAAGGCCUUUUUUGUCGAAACAGACCCGUUUAUUCGGCGAGUAUAUACAACAUAUCUAAAUUCUUAAGCGCAAGUAGCACAAACCCCCAAGUGGUACCAGCAGACCCGAGAGAUGCGUGUUUCAGUGUUGCAUACGCGUGUGCCUGCGAUCACAUGUGUGAUGAUUAUGUGUGGCUGCAAGUGUGUGUAUUUAUCCGAUGGAGCGGCACUUGUGUGCUACUUAUAGUUUCUGCCGGGGGUUCUGAACGCCGAAACCGCAAGCCAGCACAGUGAGAGCGAUUGAACAAGAAAGGAACGGUUAUCUCCAAAUUAUAUAUUGCUCUAGUUUGCCAUUUCUAGUCAAAAAACAGUUGCACCAUCAUCUCCUCACAAAAUGAAGAUUGAAAGCGCUUAAGGACACAGACAGGGGCAUCAGCUGACAUAUGUAAUCGUCUAAUGUCAUUCCGAACCUCAAGCCUCCCCACUCCACUGCCCCUUCACACCACAUCCCUGGGAGGAAGCCCUUCUUACUUUAGCACACAACAUAACUUAUAAAGCACUGACUUAUAUCCAUUGACUUAUACAAUUCAGAACACCAGCACUUCCUGGGCCUGUGACUGUCGCUGCCGUGCUCAGAGUAAGCAGACCACAUCCCUGUCCCUUCCCUGUAAUGAGGGUGAGUCCUGGGGGGGGCGGUUUCUGUUACCACGACAACCAGGUGAAGAUGGACCUUCUAAGUGCCCUUCAUUUGUGCACUUCCUGUAACGUCAACAGAGAGAGAGUGAGAGGGACAGAGAAGGGACAGAGAGGGAGAGAGUUUGAGGGAGAGAGGGAUAAUGAGAGAGAUGAUACACCUUCAGUGCGUCUAGUCCAUUGCUGUUGGAGUCCAUUGGGCCAUGUUUGCAGAAAACAAACUGGCUUGUGGGUUAAAUCGGUGCAGUGCAGCACUUGUGUAAACUGUUGAAAUGCACAUCCUGAAUAGCACUUGCAUACUAAAAUGCCUUCCGAGGGGUACUGAGUGUCCUGUCUCCUAUUGCUAAUUAAUAAGUGCCACAUGAGCUAUGCAAUGUAAAGUAAUCCAUGUCGAUAGUCCACAUCCAGACUGAAAUCUCUUGUUUUUUGUUGUUUUCUUGUGUUGCUUUUCUUUCUCUCUUUCAUUUUCUCCUUAUCUCCCUCUUGUUCUGUCUUGUUAGUCUACAACCCUGUAUCAAUACUUGAAAUAUGAUCUUUCGCUUCCUUUCCAAAGCGAAUGGUUAUCGUGACGUUUGCACUGAAAAGUUGCGGGAUUAGCGAAGACAAAAAAACAAAAAAAGACAAAAAAGAUCAACUGCCAUUGAAAAGUUAUUUUUAUAGAAGUAAAAUUGAAUUUUUUUCAAAUGUAUUUUACCUAAUUAAUGGAACCAAAGAGGCCAAGGUUGAGCUGUAAAACUUAGGUGGCUUGGCCAUCCUGUUAUAUUUGUGUAUGAUAAUGUUGUAAUCAUUUGCGAAAGCCUACUACUGUAUCAGGGUAUGAUGUCAUAUGAUUCCAAUUCCACGCUCUAUGUUCUGUCUCUCUAUUUUGUACAACAAGCAAGUGGAACACUUACUUUUUUCAUCUGUAAUUCUAUUUUUUUUUUCAGUUUUCUAUUUAAUAAAAAGUUAUUUUUAGUGCUUGUUUCAGAAUCAUUUAGUCAAAUAAAUGUCAUCUGUACAGUUUAUGUAAAAUAAGAUGUUUUUUCUUAAAUAUUUUGUAACUUUAAAAUAAAUUCGUACUCUUCA